CGUGCUGGAUCUUUACCCCGUGACGACAUCCCGGAUUGGAACCGUAACUGGGCACCGUGAAUGGGAACCGCUGAAUGUUGCCACCGCGUACGGUGUGUUUUCGGGUGCCCCCGCCCCUCUCGUGAUACGUUCCGUUGAAAAUCCAGGCAGGAGCACAGGAAGGAAGAGAAACGGCGAAGAAGCGUUCGGUGUGAUGAAUAGAGUGGUACGAGGGGUAGACGGAUGGAUGGAUCAAUCGCGCGCGUAGAUCUUGAUUGGUGUUGAUUGGGGUGGAUUGAUUUUUUUAAUCGGAAUCGCUGUGAGAGGGAAAUCGUUUUGAUUUCACGGGUUCGACGAUUUCUGGAAAAACACACCAAUACCAGCGAAAAACAAACGGGGAAAGGGCUGGAAAGUGUCUCACACUGCUGACCCAGUGCAAGUGGCAGAGAGAGGGAGAGUGUGAGAAAACGUGCGAAAGGAGGAAAAUCCAAGAGAGAGUGCAGUGAAUGGUGAUAGUUUUGCAAAAAGGAUGCUGUCGUUGUCCAGGCAAUAAUAUGAAGGAUAGCUGACGCCGUUUCGAUAACUUAGAAUUGCGGCUACUGUUAAGAAUUCCGUGUGAAUAUCUUCAGCCGCGGAAGCCUUGCAGCUAAGGAGCGUGUUAAGGACUGUGUACCGCGAUUGUGUUGGUGCGAGCGAAUUUAUCCACCCGACACGAGAGGGAUGCUGUAGAGAUGCGGAAAAUCAGCGUUCGCCCCGCUGUGGCUUUGGGGUGAGAGUUGGGAAAAUUUCGGAACACCAAUACACUGCAGAACAGGCCAGGCUGGACCAAGGUUAGAGGAAGCACCUUACGCACUGGGUGACGAGAGCAAGUGCGAGAGUAUGCCAACGAUGGCGCUUUUGACAUCUGGAAGAGUUUUCCAAUACAGUGGCUAGUGUUGUGUUGGGGCUAUUCGAGGCGUGUUUAGAGCGCUGGGCAGACGGAAAACGAAUCCUUCAGGAAUCGACAACUUCGAUGUUGUUGUUGUUGUUUUCGUAGUUAAACGUCAAAAACGAGUGAACCCAGAAUCGCUGUCCCCAGCAUAGCAAAAUCGGUCGACAAACCAAUGAAAUGGGGGUGGAUAAUGUGCGAGGUCGCAAGUGAGCCGAUAGAAGAUUUGUGAUAGAGAGGUUGGCCGAAACAUACGAGUGAUGCUGCUCAGACAGCGGCAGCGUUUAACGAUGGCCCGGCUGCGACGUCGAUGUCGGCGGUGAUAAGGCUAAUGAUAGCUGCCCGUCCCAGUAGUGCAUGAAAAGGGGUGGAUUCAGUGAAGUUUCACCAAAGCUAUUAACGAUCCGAAAUCGAAAGAAAGUCAUGUAAUUCGAAGGGUGAAGUUUGCAACGUUACGCUUUUCGACAGAAUAUCUUGCUGACGAUUCUUUGAUUAAAGAAAAGUGCGUAAGAUAGUGUUGCCUUCCAUCGAGGCGAAUAGUAGUAAUACUGUGCCCCCUAUCCAUUUGGUUGCUUACGUGCCAAUUCCAAAUCCUGAUGGUUGUGAGUUCUUGCAGUGUAAUUGAUUUGUUUGGAUUCGGUGAAGUGAGCUGAUCAAGAAAUAUCUACUUUCACCUAUUAUACCCGAUGAGAUUGUAUUGCUACCAGCUUCUUCUAUUUGUAUAAAGAGAUACAUAGCUAAGAUAGUCAAUAUCUGCUGGUAGGAUUAAUACAGUGCCAGUGAAUCACAUUUAUCCACAGCAGGAUUAUAGUGAAUCAUCGGAUCAAGUGUUUUUCCCUUCAAUUAGCAGCUCUAUUUGCAACUAGGAAUAUCAAAAUGACCCAUCACCAGCAGUUGCAGAUUCAGUCGAUUCUAAUAAUUCUAUCAGGUAAUUGAUCGCCCGAGUGACAUCAGCGGACACCGCGUCGGGAAUCGACAACAGAGCCACCACCCUUCCCCCUGGCAAGGACCGAACGCCGAUGAUUUGGUGCCAUAAAGAAUGACGCGGCUCAUCCACUCAAUUACGCUAAUAGUGAUACCAGUGCUGCUCGUCGGCAGCACCAGCAGUCAGCAGCAAAAGUUUCGGAUGUUGCCCAAGGACCUCCAGGUGCUGGAAGGUUCCGAGGCGCUGCUGCGAUGCGAAAUCAACAACCUGGCCGGUGCGGUCCAGUGGACCAAGGACGGAUUUGCGCUGGGGUUUUCCACGACGAUACCGGGCUACCCGCGCUACUCGGUGCUCGGUGACCACCAUGCGGGCGUCUACAACCUCAAGAUCUCGAACGCGUCGCUGGAGGACGACGCCGAGUACCAGUGCCAAGUGGGGCCGGCCAAAUUCAACUCGGCCAUCCGUGCCAACGCCAAGCUGAUUGUGAUAUCUCCACCAUCAUCCAUCGAAAUUCAAGGCUAUAAAGACAAUUCCAAGGUGGAAGUCAGGGAAGGGCAGGACCUGACCCUGACCUGUGUGGUGGCGAACUCCAAACCCGUGGCGCAGAUCGUCUGGAAACGGGGGAACUCUGAAGUUAAAUCAGAUUCCAUCGAGAACAAAGUCAUCGAAACCGAAGGCAAACGCUACACGGUGACGUCCCUGCUCCGGAUCAAACCCGGUGCGGCCGAUGACUACAUGGGCUACACCUGCCAGGCCAAGCACAAGGCCCUCCACCCAGACAAACCGCUGCAGACGACGGUCCAACUGUCCGUGCUGUAUCCACCGGGAGCGCCGUACAUCGACGGCUACAAGCAGGGCGAGACGCUGCGGCGCGGUCAGAGUGUGGAGUUGAUUUGUGCCAGCCGGGGAGGCAACCCGCCGGCCCAGUUGAUUUGGUACAAGAACGGCGUGCAGGAGCGGAUGGCCUACAGGACGUCGGAGCGUCUGUCGGAGAACAUUUACAAGUUCAUAGCGGAAGCCGGUGACAACAAGGCGACGCUUCGGUGCGAGGCGAACAACAUCAUGGCGAAGGCACCGCUGAAGACCGAGGUGGUGCUGAGUGUGCUGUUUGCUCCAACGCACGUUACCAUAUCUGGCCCAUCGGAGGCCCGCGUCGGCGAUCGGGUUCCGCUGCAGUGCCAAACGGCACCGUCCAAUCCGCCGGCCGAAAUCAAGUGGAGCGUCGGCGGACACCAGGUGAAAAAUGCCACAUCCCGUACGGUGGAAAGCCCGGAAGGCGGCUGGAUCACGAUGUCGAACAUCACGGCCCCGGUGGACGCCAGCAAACGCUCGCUGGUGGUCAUCUGCCACGGACUGAACAUGCAGCUGACCGAGAAUGUCGUGUCGACCCACACCGUGAACAUACUGCUGCCCCCGAGCCCGCCGAUAAUCUCCGGCUACGAGGAAGGUCAAAUCAUCCCGGCCGGAUCCGUCCAGAAGCUGGGUUGCAUGUCCACCGGGGGAAACCCCCUGGCGACGCUCACCUGGUACAAAAACGACAAGAAGGUCAAUUCCGCCGUAAAGACAGCGGACAAAUCCGUUUCGGCCGAACUCACCAUCCUGGCAAAUGUGACAGACAAUCAGGCACGCUACCGCUGUGAAGCCCACAAUUCGGCCACCGAGAUUCCGCUGUUCCAGACGAAAACCCUUAGCGUCCACUUUGCCCCGGAGACGGUGAAGAUAACGAUCGACCCACCCGAGUUGAAGCCCGGCAUCGAAGCGACGUUGAUCUGCGAUUCGAGCUCGAGUAAUCCGCCGGCGAUAAUUUCCUGGUGGCGCGAUGGCAUCGCAGUACAAGGUAUAAAUAACUCGUCCAAACCGGGCCUCUGGGGUGGCACCGUAUCGUCGCUGGAACUGAAGGUAAACAUCACCCAGGACAUGAACGGAAACGUCUAUACGUGUCAGAGCACGAACGAGGCAUUACAGCGCAGCGUACACGAGGCAGUCAAUUUGCAAGUACUAUAUCCGCCGAAAUUUUCGCCACCGCCCUCGUCAACGGUUGUCGGCUUCGAAGGCGAACCACUUACGGUUGGCAUGGUGGCCAACGGUAAUCCCAUGUCGAUUGCAUACACCUGGACCAAGGAAGGCCUCCCGAUUCAAUCGCCAGGUGUCCAACGAAUCGUUUCCGAGGGACCGAUCCUCAACAUCACCAAGCUAACGCGGAACGACGCCGGAAUCUACACGUGCGAAGCCGUCAACUCUCAGGGCUCGGCGAUGAUUAAUAUCACAAUCGUGGUCGAAUAUGGCGCAUCGAUAAAAUCCAUCUCCGAGAACGUGGUCGUAAAUCCCGGCGAGGAUGCCAUGCUGUCCUGCACCGUUGAAGGCAAACCACUGAACGAGGAGCACAUUCGCUGGGAACGGAUCGGGUACGACAUGACGAUAAAAACGUCGACAACGUACGCCAACGGAACGAGCUAUCUGCACAUCAAGGAUGCACGGCGCGAGGAUGUUGGCAAUUUCCGCUGUAUCGCUGAUAAUCGUGUUGCGAACCCAACCAGCCGUGAUGUUUUAUUGAUUGUGAAAUUCAUCCCCGAAAUCGACAAGUCCCCACCGAUGCUCCGCGCAGCGGCCAGCUCCGGCGAACGCGGCCGCCUUCCGUGCCGUGCCCAAUCGGCUCCCCGUCCCAAGUUCUACUGGUCCCGGUCCGGCCAAAACCUCAGCGUCAACCAAACGUCCAAGUACCUGGUCGAGUACAAACACAUCGACUCACUGACCUACGAAUCGAUUCUGCUCAUCGAGCGGGUCAGCUCCAACGAUUACGGUGUGUACGAGUGCAUUGCCCGCAACGAGCUGGGCAGCGUCAAGGAGAGCGUCCGACUGGACGUCACUUCGCCCCCGGAUCCCCCGCUCAGUCUCAACAUCCUCAACGUAACCCACGACACUGUCACCGUUGCCUGGACGCCCGGCUUCGAUGGUGGAAUGAAGGCCAACUACCGGGUGCGCUACCGAGAGGCCAACAACGAUCACUACCGCUACGAGGACAGUCUUCCAAACUCGCACAAACUCACCAUCGCCGGACUGCGAAUGAACACACUGUACCUGUUCUCGGUGAUGGCUUCCAACGCGCUCGGCUCCAGCAAGUACCUGCCCGAUUUGACCCGGGCCCAAACCAAAGAUUCCCCGCCGUCCCAGCCGGCAUCGUCGCUGGGCAGUAAGCCCCCGGUUGGCCCGCCGCCGUCCUCCUCCAUCGGGGCCUCCGGGCUGCUGCUGCUGAUCGGGGUCGCGGCCGGCAUUUGUCUAGUUCUGCUCAAUAUCCUGCUCAUCGGAUGCUGCAUCCACCGGCGAACCAGCCACAAGCGCGUGAAACGGGAUUCAUCCAAUCAGAACAGCAAAUCCGCCACCAUUGAAAUGUACGCCCCAAGCUCAUACAAUGACACCGUUACAGGCGAAACGCUGUCCAGCGUGUCGGAGAAGAGCGACUCCUACUCGAAUGACGGAAGUCAACCGGACUACAUGGAUGAAACCCGAAAGAAAGCUGCCUCCACUUAUCUAGUGGAGAACGCGGAUAUGCCACCGCCACGCUAUCAGAAGGACGGUACACUGCCACACUAUCCGAACAAUAUCAACGCAGCUCACACGCGAACUUUACCUCACCCGCGGCACAACAACGUCGUGUACGAACAGCGUAGCCGGGACGACCAGCUGAUAGGAAAGAACAAUUACGUGGCGGCGCCAUCUCCGGGGCCGCCGAUGGACGGGUCGUACUACAAUAUGAACAGCGACCGGUACCUGUCCUAUCCGCCGAUGGUAAGUGGGGACUACCCGCCGAUGGAAUUCUCGACGCCUCCACUGCCAGUGAUACCGGCGCUACCGACCAACAACGGCACCCUGCGGAGGGGAACCCGCGCCAUGGUGCCCCCGCCGGACGUCACGCACCACACGCAGCACACGGCCAAAACGCUGCACGACUCGUCGGCCUCCUCCGGCCUGCUCAACAUCUCCCAAGUGUCCCAAUCGACGCCAAAGCAACCGCAAGGUAUCCUGAAAGACCCCAACAAGCGCAAAGAGCAGCAACAGCAACACCAGCAGUCCGGGCUGCCCCCGGGGGCCGGACUGAACCACCUGAACAACAUCGGCGGCGGCCUGCAGAUGCUCGGUGUUCAGAACCCCUCGCCAGUGCCAAUGAUGGGCGGUCCGCCGCCGGGCCUAGUGCCGGUCAGCGCCGGCAGCAGUAGUUUAGGAAACAAUUUGCUCAUCGGGGCGUACGACCCGAGCAGUACGAACCUGAGCUCGUUCAACGCGUCGCUCGGCUACACGGACGCCGACGGGCACCUAGUGUAGGCCAAUGCCAAGCAGAUGAUAAUAAUUACUAAAUUAGUAGUCUAGGCGUCAAAAUUCGGUAGGGAAAGGUAACUUGAAAUUCUAAUCACUUGAGAACAAAACACAAAAAAACGAAAGAACUGGCGAAACAGGAACGGUCAGAGAUUUUUAAAUUGAUUAGGUCACGCAAAAUACUUAUGAUGAGAGUAAAUGAACGAAGAGGGGCGUCGAAUGGAGACACGGGAAGCGCAGUCAUUGCAGUCCAAGGAAAAACAGAAACACAAAGAGAAUUAAGACAAAGAUAAUUAAAAUUAAAACAUUAAAACAAUCUUUUUAACUUUAAUGAAAAAAAAAACAAAAACACGUAACGGUAAAGUAUGUAUUAACAAUUUAAUUGUUGAGUUUUAAGCGAAUGUAGUUGAGUGAGUGAGGAUCAGAAAAGAAACAGCGCGAGUGUGCGAAACCAUGUUGAUAAUUUUACGUUAAGGACGACAAAAAAACGGGGUUGGGGGUUUCCUCUUUAUCUCGAUGGAUUUCGAAUCAGGAGGAAAACCUCCCCCGCUGCCUAAGGCGUGUGAGAACGGGUGUGAAACGUAAGUCUUCUCAGUUAUAAGUUGCUUUUGAUAUAAGGAUUGGUUUAAGUUUUCGUUCUGCUAGUUUUCUUUUAUGAAACAACUUGUUAGUGUGAUGGUGAGUCCCUCUCAGAUAUAUGUACUUUAUGGUUGCUCCUUUUUCGCAAAAUUGAUUCGUUGAAGGUCAGGGAGAAUUGCUGAAAUUGUUUACAAGACCAGAGUGGUUAAUGAUUGAUCACAAUGAAAUAAAGGGAAACUGAUUGUUCUUUUCAGUAAAGUAGAGCUAAGGUCGGCGUUUAUUGUCAUUAGCCAAAGCUGUAACAGUCUCAUUCAAAGCAAACUUUAUCAGGGUGUAACAUUUCCUUGGAUAAAUAUUUUAAGUGCUGUGUGCGGUUAUCACUGCAACAAAUGCAUAGUGACUAUCAGAUUUAAAAAUAGUCAGACACUUCUUUUAUUGCAAUUCAGUAUCAAUUAUUAACUUCGAGUUAUAACAAAAAGAUUCAGAAAAAUUGGCGGAAUCAAACAACUAUGCGUUCUCAGUUUGUUUAUCCUGAAAGUAAAGACAUUUUCUCAUAUUUUAUUCGUUUUACACCCGGCCCAAUUUUAGAAAAGAUUUUAAAUGCGUUAGAAAGUAACACAAACCCAGUUGUGUCAUGUAGUUUUGAAAAUCCUGGAUUCACCAGUUGUGAAAAAUAUUGAAGCGAAAGAAACGAAAUAGCAUUCAUUAGUCCGGAUCGUAAUAAGAACUUCUUUGCAUUGUGAUUUAUUAUUAACCCGUGUCAUAGAGAUAUCAGUUUUAAAUGGUUUCCAUUUAACCAAAAUUUUCCGAAACCAUUCUUUCAUUAGAAACUCGUAAUCUAACUUGGUGAUACGUGAGAUGUGCACAUGAGGCAGCAAACGAAAGCUCAAAUCGGACACAGCUUGUAAGGAGCCAGAAUGUAGUUGUAUACAAUCGUAUGGACAAUUGAGUGGAAGAAAUGCGAAACGGAUGACCGAUCUUAAACCAGAAACACAGAAGGAAAUUUAUCAAAUUAUACUUAAUCAAUCGCAAAGAGACUAUAAAUGAAACAAACCGUUUUAAAUGUUCAUACGCUGAUGUCAAACUCCGGCACAAAAGGGACAAAACAUAGCAUUCAAAAAUUUCAAACGAAAAAAUACAACCAAGAGUGAAACCAAACCUUCAAUGCAAAAACAGAAACAGAAAAAAAACACACGGUAAACCAAUAUGAAUCGAAAACGAGUUAAAAACAAAUUUUAAGUGUAUAUACGUCUCUGUUCGAUGAAAGACCGAACUAAAUGGCGAAAGAUCGUGUUGUGAUUCCAGUCCAGAGGAGACGCAGCUGUAACUCACAUUAUGCCAAUUAUUAAGUUUAAUAACGAGUUUAAACCAAUCAAAUCCGAAUGGAACGGAACGUGUUGUAUGUGUAAAUAGAAGAAAAGAAGAGAGAAGAUGAAUCAAACAGGUCGAAGCUCCCGAAACCGGGGAAAAAUCUUUUAUUUAUAGAUAAAGUCAUUGAACGUAUAAUAAUUGAUUUUUUAAAAUCUUCGAAAGAAACAUUAGGGAAUAACAGAAUAGCGAAUAAAUCAUAAGCAUAAACACGUGCAUGAGAGGAUUAAACAAAUGUACAUAUUUCUUGUAUUAUACUAUUGACUCUAUGAAUAUAAACAAACGAAAAGUACUUUCAAAAAGUUUUUUUUAAGGAAACGAAACAAAAUUUAUAUACAUGUACUAUAUUAAAACAAAAUGGAAGGAAAUGUUUAAUUUCAUCUUUCAAACAGAGCAAAACUCUAAAUCUGGCAGAAAAUGUAAGAAAUCAGGGAUAAAUUCACAACCAGAGCGACAAAGGAGAACACUCAUCAGUAUGAAAUUAGCGCGAAGAGCUGCAUUUAAACGAAAUAGUCAAUUUUCCUCCCUCUCCCCACUUGAAACGGUUGUUUUAAUUGUGUUAAUGCUCAUUCAAAGCAAAGCGAAACCAGCUUUCUCUCUCAUUCAUAAGAAAGAAAAUGAUUAGCAAAUUUCUUACCUUCUUAGACAAUAAUUAAUUAACCAAAACACAAAUGUAAACAAAAACAAACAAAUUGGGUGCGUGAAGCGAAGGUAGCGAAGCCUUCACUCCGCUCAGUUCAAGUUGAUGACUCUCUUUUUCCGAGGCGAAAACCCAAGACACUUAGAAAUCGAACUGCCCAAGGUUUUUAUGUCCAUCUUGGGAUAGUAUCCCAUUUCAGUUGAAAUGUUUUAAAAACAGAAAAUAACAAACAGGAAAUUAAACGAAACAUCACUCUCAGAAAAGGAAAAUACCUCAAACUCUGAAGCCAUUCUAAGCGAAAAGGCUUGAGCAUAAGAGAGAGAAAGAAAAUCGUGUCACUUAACAAACACUGAAACAAACACUCACAAACGUAUGAAGUGGUAAAUCAAAUGAAAUUUUGUUUUCUUUUGUCUUAGCCAAUAAUUGUUUGUAAAUAUUGUUUUAAGCAAUCAAUCACACUGCAAAUACGCAAAAGCCUCUCCAUCAAAUUAUUUGCCAAAGAAAAAAAAAACAAACAUUGUGAGAAAUGUUGUCAUUUUAAUCGUUCGAUUUUGCUCGCGUGUAAAAAUAAAAACAAAGCAACCGGUGAGAAAUCGAACCAUCGUUUAAGUUAUUCGCUCGAUUAAGUAUUAUUUUUAGUCACUAAAUUGUAAGCCCCUGGUCCCCAACUCUUUUCCGUACAUUGUACUAAGUUGCUGACACAAACAUGGAACAAACGAGAGCUUAACCGUACUAAAAUACUCUUUAAAGGUAGAAACGCGAACCGCGGUUUUAAUUUUAGUUUCACGACCUAUCAAUACUAACACAAGUGGUAUCAAUGAUUACAACGAUCCAAGUAUCUAAUCCCUUUUAGUCGAUUAAUUUAUUUGCCACCCCUUCCACCCUCCGCUGGGACGACGAUGGAUAGGAUUCCACCAUCCAAAUCCGAGGAUAAGAUUUUGUUUUUCAAAUGAUCUCAUAUAUGCCCCCUCCUCACACACACACAUACACAAUGAUGCAUAAGAAAUCAACAAAACAAACAAACGAUGUGUAACCGUGGCAACCCGAUUUCCUCCUGAUUUUUGUUGUUCCGUUGAAAGCUCAACCUGAUUCCCAAUCCCGCGUUGAAAUUUUAUGUUUACCAAGCUCAUGAAGUGAAUAGAACUUCAUGAAAUUCACGAACCCAAUCAACACUUCACUUUAGAUAGCCAAUGAAACCAAUAGCAACCAUUAGAUCAGUUCACUUGUAAUUCAAUACGAACCCCCCAGAGAAAUUUAUUUGAUAAAACCCCAAACGAAAACAAACAAACAAUCAAGACACGGAACGUUAAGCCAAAUUAGAUGGAAGUGUUCAAUUCAUUCGCGCAUUAACUUGAACUAAGUCUGUACAUAAAUAAACAAAAAAAACGAACAAACAUCCAUUUCAAUUUUCCGUUUGAACCAACAAAUUCCUCAUUCGAAACGCAUACUGAUGAAAUAAACGAGCAGUGUACAGAAAUACAGAAACGAAUAAACGAUUAUAGGCAGAAGAUGCAGAUCUAAUAGAACAGAUAAAUAAGCUGAUGCAAAGUUUGAAGAAAGAAGAGAAAAAAAAUGCAACGCCGGAUGUAAAAAUAGAAACGAAAUCGUGACACGGGGGUGUACAGAUUAUGGCGGGGUACGGGAAGCGGAAGCUUCGCUCACUUAAAAUGGAAAAGAAUUAAGAGCAAAACAAAAAGCGAACCACAGAGCGGACGACGAAAUUAAGGAAGAAGAACAAAUUUUCUGUCAAGUAUAUAUACAAUUAAAUAAUUUUUAAUAAAUUUAAUUAUUUUUCAUUACAAAUUAAA